AUGGGUGACGAAGAGAAAGCUCCUGUGCCUGCACCUGAUUUUAGCAUCCCUAAACCCGUCAUCUACGGCGUCCUCGGCUUCCUCGGCGUCCUCGGCCUCGUAGUCCUGACCAUCUUUCUCAGUCUCCGCCCCUCCAAGCCCAGCUUCACCAUCCAAGACAUCACCGUCUCCUCCUUCAAUGUCUCCACCAGCCAACCCUACCGCCUCUCCACCAACAUGCAAGUCACCAUCUCCUCUCGGAACACCAUGUCCCGAGUGGCGAUCAUCUACCGGGAGAUGGAGCUCUACGCCACGUACCGCAACGAGCAGAUCACGUUCCGGUACUCCCUCCCCUUGACGUACCAGGAGCACAAUGAGUUCGUGGUGUGGUCACCCUACCUGGAGGGCCACGUUGCGGCUAUUUCCCCGAUUUCGGGGCCCGUUCUGAUGCAGGAUCUGAACUACGGGGCGGUGUUGGUGAUCAUCAAGAUUGAAGGGCGGUUGAAGUUUAGAGUGGGUGGGUGGACGUCUGCGUACUACCGGUUGUACGGGCACUGCCCGGCGAUGAUCCAGUUGGGGGACAUGGACACCAAGAAGGAUUUCGCAGUGUCUGCAAAAGAGUUCAAGUUUCUGUUGGUGCAAAAUUGUCAUGUCGAGAUUGCUCGGUAA